AUGUCAUCUACUAAUACUGCAGCUGAUACUAGUGACUCAACAUCACAAUCGAGUUCUCCAUCUCCAAUUAUAAUUAUAAUAAUUGUCGCAGCUAUAGUUGCGCUUAUUGCUGGAGUUUUCGUGAUUUUGUAUUUCAACCAACGAAAGAAAAAAAAAAGAGAUGCUAAAUUAAGGCCACUUAGGCUUACUCCCUCAAGCGUAGAACCUCUUCCUCAUAAGAAUACAACACGUGGUAUUCCACAUGUACAAAAACAUGAUGCCCCGUCUGUUGUGUUUGAAGUGCCAGAAAGCGAAAAGUAUGGAAUUCAUGAAAAAGUUAUAACUGAAGAUGAUUCCCUUAGAUCCCCACCUUUGGUUAGAGAAGGACCUGGAGGUUUGAGACGAACACCAACUAGGUCAAUGACUAUGCCUAUGCCAUCUAGAGGAGGUGAGGAGUUUUCGUCAUCGGAGGAGGAAUAUGAUGAUGACGACGGCGACGACGAAGAAGCAUAUACAGGGGUAUCACACCAACAUUUUACACAUACCG